CUCGUCGAGUUACAGCGUGACCAGGACUGUAUCACGAGCAAAUACUUACCGGUAAUUGACCGGCUUAUCCUUCCGUAUUUAUAUCCUUGCAGCUCUUUCAGCCCUACUGUCCCGCUAGAUGCCUCUCAAUACUCAGUUGACUAAACUUCUUGGAAUACGCAUCCCUGUCAUUCAAGGAGGGAUGCAAUGGGUCGGCCUACCAGCGUUGGCUGCUGCAGUGUCAGAGGCCGGAGGACUAGGAAUCCUCACGGCUCUGUCACAACCUAGUCCUCAGGCCCUUCGUGAAGCUAUACGGAAAACGCGAAGACUCACCUCCAAACCGUUUGGCGUGAACAUUACUCUGCUGCCUACGAUCAAUCCUCCAGAUUACGAAGGUUACGCUCGAGUUGCAGUUGAAGAAGGUGUACGGAUCUUUGAAACAGCUGGAAACAACCCUGGCCCGUUAAUCAAGUAUUUCAAAUCUCAAGGUUGCAUCGUACUUCACAAAUGUACCACCAUUCGUCACGCCAAGAGUGCUGAGAGGUUAGGUGUUGACGUUCUCAGUAUUGACGGCUUUGAAUGUGCUGGACACCCCGGGGAAGAGGAUAUCGGAGGAUUGGUUUUGCUUGCUCGGGCAGCUAAAGAGCUCAAGGUACCAUAUAUCUCCUCCGGAGGCAUCGCAGAUGGAAGAGGGCUGGCCGCAUCAUUGGCACUUGGAGCAUCGGGCGCAAAUAUGGGAACGCGAUUCAUGUGCACGGUCGAGAGCCCUAUUCACGAGAACAUCAAAAAGAAGAUUGUUUCAUCCACAGAGCGUGACACUGUUCAUAUCUUCCGUACCUUGCACAACACCGCCCGUGUUUUCAAGAACAAGGUAUCCGUCGAGGUGGUCAAGAUUGAGAACCGACCGGGAGGAGCCAAGUUUGAAGACGUUCGUGAUCUCGUAUCGGGCCAGCGGGGGAAGCUGGUGUAUGAGAAUGGUGAUCCCGACUAUGGGAUUUGGUCUGCUGGAAUUUGUAUUGGGUUAAUUGAUGACAUUCCAACAUGCAAAGAGCUUUUGGAAAGAAUGGAGAGGGAGGCAGAGGAGAUUAUCGGGAAGACAGCCUCUUUGAUAACUCCCAGAUCUAGAUUAUGAUUCGACUUAAUACAAGGCGUGCUGUUGUAUCCUCCUCUGUAGCCAGACAUAAUGGAUUCACUGUUCGAAGGCGGCUCUAUCUCCGGCCC